AUGGAGGCGCUGCGGCGGCCGGCGCUGCCCGAGGACGCGGUGCGCUCCCGCCUGUUCGCGGCGGCGGCGGCGGGCCCGGGCGGCGAGGCGCUGCUGCGGCGCUGCGCUGAGCUGGCCCUGGUGCGCUUGGCCCCGCUCCUGGCCGCCUACGUGUGGCAGCGGCAGCCGUUCCGCCUGCGCUACGUGCCGGGCCGCGGCGAGAUCCCGGCGCACUUGGGCGGCACCGCGGUGUUCGGGGAUAACGUGGAGGAUGAGUGGUUCAUUGUGUAGCUGCUGCGGGAGAUGAGCAGGGAGUUGCCGGGGCUGGCAGCCAGACACGUUGGAAGUGUCCAAGGGCAGGUGACUUUCACUCGGUGUUUGUAUGCACAGCUGGUGCAGCAGCAGUUUGUUCCAGACAGACGCAGUGGAUACACCCUGCCCGCCCCAGCUCAUCCUCAGUACAGAGCCUACGAGCUGGGCAUGAAGCUGGGAAUGAUUCCUGGGGCAUUUUGGCCUUGGUCCAUGCAUGCUCAUGGCUUUGAAAUGUUGUGCUCCAAGAGCAGUAAAGUGGCUCCUGAUGCCAAGAGAAAGGUGUUAAGGGGUCCCCUGUGGGAGAGAUUCCUCAGGAGCUUGAAGGAGAAGGAUUAUUUCAAGGGAGAAAUGGAAGGAUCAGCCAAGUACCUGGAGCUGUUGCACAUGGCAGAAGAUCACUUCCAGCAAUCUGUUGCAGUGCCAGAAAGCUGUGAUGAAGUGAGCCCAGGUGAUGAAAUCCUGGCACUACUACAGACAACCCCCAUUGAUCUGAAGGAAUUGGAGAGAGAAGCAGCUUGUCUUCCUGCAGAGGAUGAUGACAGCUGGCUGGAUAUGACACCAGGUGCUCUGGAUCAGAUGCUGAAGGAGACAAGAAAUGAGUCCCUUCCUUCCCCAAAUGAGGAGGAGCAAAACUAUGACUUGGAAACAGUUGCUGAGAGCAUGAAGGCUUUUGUGUCCAAAGUGUCCACGCAGGAAGGAGCAGAAAUGCCAUGGUCAUCUGAUGAAUCCCAAGUUACCUUUGAUGUGGAUUCUUUUACAAAAGCUCUGGACAGAAUUUUAGGGGCAGACUCGGAGGAGCUGGAUUCUGAUGAUGUGGAUGAGGAGGAGGAGUUUGGUUUCUCAGAUGAGGAUGAUGAAGAGCUGGAUGCUGGGAAUGGAAGGCAGGAGCAGAAGGUGUCUCCUGAGGAGCUCGUGGGCAGUCUCAAGGCGUACAUGGAGGAGAUGGACCGUGAGCUGGCACAGACCAACGUUGGGAAAAGUUUCAGCAGCCACAAGAGAGGGGCAAGUUCUGUUGGAGCAGCCCCAUGUGAGAGUGCUGGCCCUGACUGUGGAGCUGAGGCUGCUGAGCUGGCAGCCCUGGAUGUGGACAUGAACCUGGUGGCAAACCUGCUCGAGUCCUACAGUGCCCAGGCUGGCCUGGCAGGGCCCACCUCGAGCAUUUUACAGAGCCUGGGGGUGAAUUUACCUGAGAGCACAGAGCUCACUGGCAGCUGAGCAAGGCAGGGAGAGCCUUGGCACCAGACAUGGCUGCUGGGGAGAUGGAGCACAGACACACGAGCAGGAUGGGGGAGAAGAGGCCAAAGGUUUGAGUUUGGAGCAUUCUGUUCAUUAUGUGUCACUUCAGCAGAGUGAAUUCACCUGCAAAAGCUUCUGUUUGCACACUGUCUUGGGUGGAAAUGAGAUUUUCCCAGUGCUGACACAAUUUCAGAAAACUGAAAAAUUAUGUCAAAUGAAUGACCGAAAUCUCUGCCCAUUUUCUUUUAUUACAACACCUCUCUCCCAUUUUUCCUUUCAGUGAUCCAAUUUGCCACGUUUCUAAAAUGUCCUUUUACCCAUUGCUGAGUGGGUUCAAUAUCUGGGGAGCAGUUCUUGUUCUGAAAAUGCUGCUGCCUUCAGCGGCAGGUGGGGAAAUACCACAUUGCAGGAAGAGUAAUUGGAUCAAGUGUGUAAAUACUGGCCAGAAGUAUUAUUUAAUUUUAUUUCAAUAAAAACAAAAAUACAUCUUGA